CCUUAGGGCUGCUAAGAGAAAACUUGAGAAUCGAUACGCUGUCUGCAGGUAAUCAAAAGUUCAGGAUCAACUGCUGUUAGCCCCUUGAUUGCCAUAAUUUAACCAGCCUAUUCCCACUGCCAUGACAGCUACUUGCAAUACAAUCAACGGUACUCGCAAUUCUGUUCCGAAUGGAACUGCAACAUCUCCUAAACUCGACCCAAGCAACAAAAAUUCACCGCUCACGCCUACGCCGAGCUUGCCAGGCUACCCCACUCAAUCCCUCAGAUUUCUUCAGCAUAUCAGCUCUGGUAUCCAAUCACGGGAUAGCAAUGAGCCAUACAUCAAAGAACAACCGGCAUGUCAAGCACGAUUGAAGCUAAAGGUUGUAAUUGUCGGCGCUGGUCUGGGAGGCUUAGCGACCGCUAUCGCACUAUCAAGAAGAGGACACUCAGUCGUGAUUCUAGAGCAAGCGCCUCAACUGGGUGAAGUUGGUGCCGGAAUACAAAUACCACCAAAUUCUGGACGGUUGCUUCACCGCUGGGGCGUGCACGAGCACUUACGAAAAUUCCUAGUGCAGCCUGAGGAUAUGAAUAUCCGACGGUGGCAGAAUGGGAAGGUUAUAGGGCGCACCAGACUGGGCCAUUCUUUCCAGGCUGAUUUUGACGUACCGUAUUAUGUUGUGCAUCGGGCCCACUUUCACGAAGCCAUGUGCCUGCGAGCAAAAGAGUUAGGUGUUACGAUAGAGCUCAACAAGGCAGUUGUCAGUUAUGAUGCCCAGAAUGGGUCCGUUUUGAUGGCAGAUGGAUCCAUCGUAACUGGCGAUAUUGUGGUUGCUGCAGAUGGGAUCAAGUCCAAGGCUAGAACAACACUCUACCCCGAAAUGAACUAUGAGCCUGAGUUCGGCGGAUUUGCAGUGUAUCGAGCAACUGUACCAGUGGAGAAAAUGAAGAAGGAGCCCGAUCUAGCAUGGCUUCUUGAACAGCCCGACGUCAACAUCUGGAUCGGCGAGAAAAGGCACAUCAUGACCUAUCAAAUCACAGCAGGCGAAUCUUUCAACAUGGUUCUUUCUCACGUCGAUCAUUCGGAUCCAGCGACUUGGACCACCGAAAAGUUCACUAAGCAGCAUGUCCAGGAAGAAUUCAGUGGAUGGGAUCCAAGCAUUACCAAGGUCCUCUCACUGAUUGACACGUGCACAAAAUGGCCUCUACGAAGUGGCCGUAAGCUCCCUUCGUGGUCAUCUUCAAAACUGAUUGUUAUUGGCGACGCGGCUCACGCGAUGUUGCCAUACAUGUCGCAAGGGGCAGCCAUGGCAGUGGAAGAUGGCGCUGCUCUUGCUACCGUUUUGAAUCACAUUGCCAGCGUAGAAGAGAUCCCGCUAGCACUGCGCGUAUUUCAAAAGGAGCGCAUCAAGCGCACUGGAGAUAUGAUGGAUGCAAGCGCUAUAAAUGGAAUUCUCUGGCACUUUGCUGAUGGGCCAGAGCAAACGGCACGAGAUGCUUCUAUGGCGGCCGAGGUUGCUGGCCUAGCGUAUACGAGCAGCGCAAACCAGUGGAGCGAUCCGACGACCUAUUGGUGGGCGUACGGCUAUGAUGCGGAGCAAGUAAUGGAACAGGCUUGGGAUACAGCUGUGGCCGAGCUCAAUGUAGAGAAGACAUACUGAUUGGGAUUGGCAAGUUAUAGUAUGAAGGGAGCCGUAGACAUGUAGUUGUCUGAUUACAUAAACUAGAAUCAUU